AUGACAGGCAUGGGUAACAUUGCCUUGGCAACCAGGAAGGAAGGAGAUGACAUCCUGUGUACUGGAACAGAUAACCAGACGUUGUUGAGUGAAUUUAUUCUCCUUGGCCUAUCCCAUGACUGGAACACUCGUUCUCUCUUUGUCCUGUUCUUGGUCAUGUACCUGGUGACAGUACUGGGGAACUUUCUCAUUGUUGUUCUGAUCAAAGUGGACAGCCGACUCCACACUCCCAUGUAUUUCUUUCUCACCAACCUAUCCCUUGUGGAUGUGUCUUAUGCUACAAGCAUAGUCCCUCAGCUGCUGGUGCAUUUUCUUGCAGAACAUAAAGUGAUUUCAUUCCUGGGCUGUGCAGCCCAGUUAUUCUUCUCUCUGGCCCUGGGUGGGGUUGAGUUUGUUCUCCUGGCAGUGAUGGCCUAUGACCGCUAUGUGGCAGUGUGUGAUCCCCUGCGAUACUUUGCCAUAAUGCACGCAGGACUGUGCAGGAUGCUGGCCGUCACAUCUUGUGUUAGUGGCUCCAUCAACUCUCUUAUGCAGACAGCUAUUACUUUUCAGCUUCCCAUGUGCACAAACAAGUAUAUUGAUCAUAUAUCCUGUGAACUCCUAGCUGUGGUCAGACUGGCCUGUGUGGAUACCUCCUCCAAUGAGAUUGUAAUAAUGGCUUCCAGCAUCAUUCUUUUGAUGACACCCUUCUGCCUGGUUCUAUUGUCCUAUGUCCAGAUCAUCUCCACCAUCCUGAAGAUCCAGUCCACAGUGGGAAGGAGGAAAGCUUUCCACACCUGUGCCUCUCACCUCACAGUGGUAGCCCUAUGCUAUGGCACGGCCAUUUUCACCUACAUCCAGCCCCACUCCAGCCCCUCUGUCCUUCAGGGGAAGUUGAUCUCUCUUUUCUAUGCCAUCUUGACACCCAUGCUGAAUCCCAUGAUUUAUAGUCUGAGGAAUAAGGAGGUAAAGGGGGCCUGGCAGAAACUAUCAGGACAAUUCUCUGGACUGACAUCCAAACUGGCAAUUUGA